UCGUCGCAGACGUGAAAAAGUGACAGGCAACCGGCGCCCAAAAGAAAGUGUCAUUAUUUACUGACAGUGCAACAUUUUCUCAUUAAGUUGUAGAUAUUUUCUUGACCGACUUGCUCAACAUAGUGUGUGAAAUUUCGGUGGACGAUGGCGGGAGCUGUUUUGGAGAAUUUGAGCACGAGAAAGCUGUUCGGUUUUUGCGUGGUUCUGUUGCUGGUGCAGAUCGCUUGCUUUCUUGUCGGCGGGCUUGUCGCACCGGCCCCCUCCACGGCCUUCAGCCACCUUGCCACUAAAUGCAUCGACCCUGCCUUCAACCUGAAAGGCUGGUUCGAGCCUUGGGGUCCCAACGGCUGCGACAAGAUCAAAGACUUUGAUGAGGCCGUUCACAAAGAGAUCUACGCAGACUGGAUUGUGUUUUCUGUUCACAUUCCCAACAGGCCUUAUAGCAUGGAACGUUGGUUUCAAUACUUAAUAGGCGUCAUGGCUUUGGAUAUUUCUCAUACAAAGGAAACAAUUAUGGACCCAGAUGCUAAUAUAACGCUAGUCAUCAGGCUCGGAUACAGAAACAGUAUGGAGGAGGAGUUCCAAGAAAUUGUCAGCGUCAACGAAACAAGAAAACUUGAAUGUGUGUUCCCUUACCCACUCACUGAUGAUAAAGUUGGCUACUACUACGACUGUACCCCAAUUCCGCUGUUUGAUCUUGGAUCCCUUCAUCAUAAAUACUACUUGGUGAACAUCAGGUUACCCAUCAUUGAUCAUGGUAACGGACCUGUUGUCAACACGGGCAUUGGGUCACUUCAGGAUAUUCACAUUGUGGCAAUCCAUCAGAAUGGAGGCUUCACCAAGGUGUGGAUCUCCAUCAAGACGUUUAUGUUUCCCUUCAUCCUCUUGGCUACCUUCUGGUUCUGGCGUCGUGUCUUGUUACAAACCAGAGGACCCGUUCUCCUUGAAAGGACCAUUCUGGCAUUGGCCAUCAUCAUGAGUAUUUUGAAUUUCCCUAUGGAGUGGUUAACGCUGUGGUUGAAUAUCCCCUUCAUGGUCUUACUGGCCGACUUAAAGCAAGGAGCAUUCUAUGCGAUGCUCUUCUCUUUCUGGAUCAUCUUCGUUGGAGAACAUCUCAUGGAUCAGACUCAGCGGAAUCGGCUCAGGGUUUACUGGCAACAAGUCUGCUCCAUCGUCUUCACCUUCUUCUCACUCUUCGUCUUCGAUAUGUGCGAGAGGGGUGUGCAGCUCGCCAAUCCGUUUUUCUCCAUGUGGAACACAGAGAAAGGCCAGAAUUUAGCUAUGGCCUUCAUCAUCCUGGCUGGAAUCUGCCUCUGUGCCUACUCCAUCUUCCUCAUGUUCAUGGUGUAUCAAGUCUUCAAGAAUAUCAGCAUGAGACGAGCCACACUGCCCCACAUGGCCAAGUCAAGAAGGCUUCACUAUGAGGGCCUGAUCUACCGCUUCCGUUUCUUCAUGGUCUUCACGGUCAUCACGGCAAUCUUCACCGUGGUUUUCUUCAUCAUGUCUCAGGUCCUGGAGGGACAAGCUAAGGCUGGAGAGGGCCAGCCUGACGUCCAGUACACCAGUGCCUUCUACACUGGUGUGUACGGAAUGUGGAAUAUCUAUGUGCUGGCUGUAAUGGUGCUGUAUGCUCCAUCGCAUAAGAUGAAGCCAUCCACAAGUAAUGGCGAGGGUAGUGAAGGCAGCCAUGUUGAAUUUGAGAUUGACGUCCUUCCAGCGCAGUCAACUGGCACGGAAGCGGCUGGCUCCCUAGCCGAGGCUUACCAACUGCUGAACAAGACGGCAAUAGAAUAAGACGGCAGCGUCAAAAUACAACAGCUGAAGAUGAUCCAGGGAAGAUGGUGAGCAGGUGAGAGGGGAGUUGCGAUGGAGGAGUGGGGUGGGGGGGGGGAUGUUAUCAGGUCUGAAACUUCAAGGAGGCAGCAAAGGCGAUUAGCCUUUUUGAGGUAUGGUGGCCACUUUAGGAGUGCACUGUUUGGUUUGGGUGUAUACAGACAAAUUUA